AGCACUCCAAGUGAAAUUUUGGACAUUAUUUCAUUAUUUUCUUGUCCUUUACAAAAGAAAACAAUGCCUGCCUUCAUGUCCUCCACAUUGCCAUUAUACUCGGGUGAUUUUCCUGUCCUUUUCUAUUUCCAGGGCUUCUUUGUGUCCAUAAUCUACUGCUUCUGCAAUGGAGAGGUUCAAACAGAGAUCCGCAAGAUGUGGACCCGCUGGAACCUGGCGUUGGACUGGAAGGACCCGGUGGUGUGUGCCAACUACCGCUAUGGCUCGGUUCUGACCAGCCUGAACAACAGCACCAGCAGCCAAUCGCAGCCGGCGUCAGUGUCCCGCAGCACCGCCCUCUUCUCCAGCAGAGUGUACCUAAACUCCAGCGGCGGCAGCUGCGCGUUGGGCACCCACGUGGCGCUGCCCGGCUACGUGUUCAGCAGCUCCGACAUCGAGAGCCUGCCGCCCUCCAUCCCCGAGGAGCCCGAGGACAGCAGCACCAAGCAGGUGGACGACAUUUCUCUGAAGGAGUCCUCGACCGCCGCCACCCCCACCCCGACCCCCGCCGGCACGGAGGCCUCUGCCGCUGCCGCUGCCGCGGCCUACGCUAGCCGUGCCGAGGACAUGGAGGAGUCUCUGUAGCCUGAGAUGUAGCCAGAAAUUGUGGGCCUGCUGAAAUAUCCCAAAUGUUAGAAUGUAAUAUGAAAAAAAAAGCGAAGAUAAGCGAAGAUAAGCUAAACUG